AUGGCGAAGGCGAAGGUGAAGACGGGCCCGCUGGCCCGCCGGCCCGAUAACUCGGCCUUCAAGCAGCAGCGUCUGCCGGCCUGGUCCCCCAUGCUGACGGCCAACACGGUGCUGCCGUUCUUCUUCCUGCUGUCGGCCGUGUGUCUGCUGCUGGGAGUGUGGCUGCUGCUGACGGUGCAGAGCACGCAGGAGAGGAAGCUGGACUACACGGAGGCCGGGACCUGCGACCGCUGCUUUGAGAUGAGGAAGAACAUGAGCCUGGCCGGUGAGCCCUGCAGCUGCAGACUGGACUUCUCCAUCCACAAGACCUUCAAGGGAGACGUCUUCUUCUACUACGGCCUGCAGAACUUCCACCAGAACCUGCGGCGGUACAUGAACUCCAGAGACGACGCCCAGAUGGUUGGAAGGAUCAGCAAGCUGCAGAGCUCGGAUAUUUACUGUGCGCCGUUCACCAGGGACCCGAGUGGAGUGGCCAUCGCUCCCUGCGGCGCCGUGGCCAACAGCAUGUUCAACGACUCCUUCACCCUCCACUACCACGGGCCGGGCGGCCGGGUUCCGGUCCCGCUGCUGCGCAGAGGCCUGACCUGGUACACGGACAAGAACAUCAAGUACCGGAACCCGAGCCUGGAGAACCAGACGCUGGAACAGGUGUUCACAGGCACGUCGCCGCCUCCGUUCUGGCGGAAACCCGUGUACGAGCUGGACUCGCGCGACGCCACCAACAACGGCUUCAUCAACGACGACCUGAUCGUGUGGAUGCGGGAGGCGGCGUUCCCCAACUUCAAGAAGCUGUACGGGGUUUUACACCGGGCCAGCAAGCCGUUCUCCUCGGGGCUGCCGGCGGGGAACUACAGCGUGGAGAUUUCCUACAACUUCCCGGUCCAGUACUUCCGGGGCAGGAAGCACCUGGUUCUCACCACCCUCACCUGGUUCGGGGGGCAGAACCACUUCCUGCCCGUGGCCUAUCUGGUGACCAGCGGCCUGCUGAUGGUGACGGCCGCCGCGCUCACCGCCGUCUGGUGGAGGUUCGGACGGGACGGGAAGAACAUGGAGGAGUGAGAGAGAGGAGGAAAUCCGGGUGCUUGAAAUCCUUGGAAGUGCUUGAAUUUCAAUGUUGUGUUUUCAAGGCCUGAAAAGUGCUUGAAUGUUAGUUUAAGUGCUUGAAAGUGCUUGAAAUUAUAACUCUGUCUUUCACAAAAUUGGGAUCAGACUGUAUAGUUUAGUUAUUACAAGGAGAAAUAAAAUCAGUAAGAUGAAACAUAACUAGAUGUUUACAGCACGAUACAAUGUACAUAAUUGUGAUUAAAAAGCGGAAAAAAUAAUUGUGUAUAUAUAUUCCUGUAGAUAUUUU